GUUUCUGCGAUGGUAUUUGCCAAAACAAGUAUUAUACACUUACUUUGUAAAGGAAGCUCGUCUGCUUUGCUAUAUGACAUUCUGGAGCUUCUCCGCUUUGUUUGCGUUGGCGGUAGACUUGACAUAUGCAGAUGCAGCUCGUGUUCUGACACAGGAGGAAUGGGAUAUGCUUCAAGCAUCUUAUGUUUUCCCCAAUAGUACCAUACUUCUACAUAGUGCGAUAUUUACUGCGGUUGUAUUACUCCUACUCUAUCCGCCAGAUGCUUUUGUAGGUGCUGGCAUUACUUUCGACAAUUUAGCAUAUGGAUUUUUGGGUUUAUCUGAGUUGAGUUUCCUGGAUUUUUAUUGCCGGAGAGUUGUAAUGACUACAGCAUUUGUGCUGUGUUUACCAUUCUUUCUGAUGUUGAGCCUUUUUUUCGCUCAAGAACAUGCCGUCGUUUUCACUGUUCAUCCUUCUCGACUUAUUCACUAUGUGGCACUAAUUUCUCCACUUCUUGCCCUAGGCGCUUUUAUCUAUAUCCUCUACCAUAUCACAACAAGUUUUUGUUCACUUCCCGCUAUGAAGAAACUGAAAACUUACGGAUACGAUGCUGCCCAAGUGUUCACCAAUCUGUCGGGCGAAUUUAUUCGUAUCGAUGCAUUCAGGCAUUCCAUUUCUAAUGUUAGCAGACUUGUGAUCACAGAUUCUUGGUUGUUUCACUGUUCGAGAUUCAAUUUUGUCGUCGUAAAGCUAUCGGAUGUGCGUUUCCGCGUAAUUAACGCUGAGGACACUAUGAAUAGUCUCCACCAAGCACUUGGCAUGAAUCAGUAUUUGACUGUGGCUGUUUCGUUGCCAGACGAUAUCAAAUAUAUGGAUUUCAUCUUCAAAAUUGACAAUGUGUCCAUGCGUGAUCUGGAAUCAAAACUCGGUCAGGAUAGAAUUGAAUUUUCUACUGAAGUUCGGCUUAAGAUGUCACUCACAGACAAGUUUAUUCAGGCCUUUUUGGAUCAGGCUAAAAAGAAUCCACGUUACCAUCGCUACGUAAAAGAGGAUCUUGAACCGUGUCUAGGUUGCUCGGAAAAGCUUUCCAACGUCAAACUAUGGCGGCAGUGUGAUGUGUUAGGUUUAGUCGCUGAUGAAAACUUGCCAAGGCCAGCAUGUAUGCCAUGCCAAUGUCGCCCAAUGUGGUGUGUUUCUUGCAUGGCUAGAAUCUUUCUUGCUAAACAGGACCAAUCGACUCCUACUCGUUGGUUGGAAGGGACCUGUCCUUGCCCAACUUGCAGAGCGACAUUUUGUGUUAUGGAUGUCGCUCUUCUUUCCUACUAUGAUGAGGAAAAUCAUGAUCCCGUUGCCGUUGAAGACGUGGAGCAGUAAUCUUAGCAUUGCUUAGCUUUCUAUUUUUCAACUGUUUGUAAAUGCUGAUGUCUAGUGAUGUCUCCAAUCCGGGUUCGGUAUUUCAUUGCCAAAUUAUUCACUUUGUUUUUAACCUUUGCCAGUUUGCACUUACUUUGACAGGUAUCAAAGCAUAGUAGCAACAAAGAUAGCCAUAAUGCCUUACGAUUACGAGUUGUACAAACAAGAUACUUUUCCUAGGAGAAACACUAGAUUGUUACUCAUCAAUGAGUUCAUUAACAUCCACUAAAGAAUAAAAAUUUAUG